AUGAGAGAAGUCAUCAGCAUCCACGUCGGCCAGGCCGGUAUCCAAAUCGGCAAUGCUUGCUGGGAGCUUUUCUGCCUGGAGCACGGCAUCCAGCCAGAUGGCCAGAUGCCCCCUGACCAGAGCAUUGGCGGCGGGGAUGAUGCAUUCAACACCUUUUUCUCUGAGACCGGCGCCGGCAAGCACGUGCCUCGUUGCGUGUUCCUUGACCUCGAGCCUACGGUCGUGGACGAAGUGCGCACUGGCACAUACCGUCAUCUGUUUCACCCCGAGCAGCUUAUUUCUGGAAAGGAGGAUGCCGCCAACAACUUUGCCCGCGGUCACUACACCAUUGGCAAGGAGAUCGUGGAUCUUUCCCUCGAUCGCAUCCGCAAGCUGGCAGACCAGUGCACUGGUCUGCAGGGCUUCCUGAUGUUCAACGCCGUGGGUGGUGGCACUGGCUCUGGUCUGGGUUGCCUGCUUCUUGAGCGUCUGUCUGUGGACUACGGCAAGAAAAGCAAGCUCAACUUCUGCUCGUGGCCUUCUCCGCAAGUGUCUACCGCAGUUGUUGAGCCGUACAACUCCGUGCUGUCGACACACUCCCUGUUGGAACAUACCGAUGUUGCGGUCAUGCUUGACAAUGAGGCCAUCUACGAUAUCUGCCGCCGAAACCUUGACAUUGAGCGGCCAACCUACACCAACCUGAACAGGCUGAUUGCUCAGGUCAUCUCUUCGCUCACCGCUUCCCUCCGCUUCGAUGGUGCGCUGAACGUCGAUGUGACGGAAUUCCAGACCAAUUUGGUGCCCUACCCGCGUAUCCACUUCAUGUUGUCGUCCUACGCUCCCAUCAUUUCGGCAGAGAAGGCCUACCAUGAACAGCUCUCCGUGGCUGAAAUCACCAACAGUGCAUUCGAGCCCGCGAGCAUGAUGGCCAAGUGCGACCCCCGUCACGGGAAGUACAUGGCGUGCUGCCUCAUGUACAGAGGAGACGUUGUACCGAAGGACGUGAAUGCCGCCGUUGCAACCAUCAAGACAAAACGCACCAUUCAGUUCGUGGAUUGGUGCCCUACCGGGUUCAAGUGCGGCAUCAACUACCAGCCGCCCACGGUGGUGCCUGGUGGAGACCUCGCGAAGGUCAUGAGGGCCGUCUGCAUGAUCAGCAACAGCACUGCAAUCGCAGAAGUCUUCAGCCGCAUGGACCAUAAGUUCGAUCUCAUGUACGCAAAACGCGCAUUCGUGCACUGGUACGUGGGUGAAGGUAUGGAAGAGGGUGAAUUCUCAGAGGCUCGCGAGGAUCUGGCGGCGCUUGAGAAGGAUUACGAGGAGGUAGGCAUCGAGACAGCGGAGGGAGAGGCAGAGGAGGAGGGCUACGGCGAGGAGUUUUAA